AUGAAGCCUGUCGACAUACCUACUGUCCCACCAUGCCUUUGCCCUUCGAGACACACUAAGGCAUACUCAGCCGCCACAUUAGAUGUUGCUCCUAACGACGACGGCUUACCGUGGGUAACAGCGCUGCACAUAGCCUUAACACACAAUCAAAUAGAUACUGCAAGGCUCCUUGUUGAGAGAGGAGCUAACUGGGCAACUGCGCCAUUUGGUACGCGCGGUGUUACUGCCUUAAUGGUUGUCUGCGCCAACGGAAUUGUUCCGUUCCUUGAUUACUUGGUUGAG